AUCCUUUUUUUUCUUUUUUCUUCACCUUUUCUUCAUCCGACUCGCCACAUUCCUCAGCUCCAUCUCGCGCUCUAUCCGCCAAGGGGAAAAAGUCUCACCAGCAAAACGUCCUUUGACGGACAACACGACAUCUCAUCUCUCGAGCGACAGAAAAAAACAAACACGGCAAAGGCGCAUAUCCCGACAACACAUCCUCCACCUUCUCCUUCCUUCCUUCCCCCCUUCUUGGCAUUUCCUGUCUCGCGACCAUGACAACGCAGGCUGCCACCUCAACUCCUUCGGCAGCUUUCGCCCGCCGUAGUGCAGGCGAGACUGCAGUCCAGCUCGAGACCAGCACCGCAAGCGGACUGACCACAGUAGAGGCCAACAGCCGUCGUCUUCGCUAUGGACUCAACGAGUUCGAGGUCGAGGACGACGAGCCCCUGUACCUCAAGUUCUUCAAGAGUUUUUACGAAAACCCACUGAUCCUCCUCCUCCUCGCCUCGGCGGUCGUCUCAUUGGCCAUGGGACAGCGCGAUGAUGCGAUUAGUAUUACUCUGGCCAUUCUCAUCGUUGUUACAGGGCUGAUCAGGGAUCCGAUAGUAGUAGCAGUGAUCAAGGAAAGACGCAUUUCCUUGACCAACAUAACAGGAGAACAGAAAGCGAGAUCAAACAGCAAGGGCAAAGUGCGACAAUAGGAAUAUUCCGUGCGAUCCAUACACUAGAAAUUUGGGAGGGCAAAAAGGGAAACACUGGGCCGGUUGGACAAAGGACUAGGUUUCUUUUUUUUCCUGUCGUUUCUUUAUCUUCGAUACUCGUUUCAUUGU